AUGUCUGUCCAAAAUAAAAGCACAUGCGCUACUGUGGAGGAUCGUAUAAAGGUCGCUGUACGAGUUCGGCCAUUAAACUUUCGUGAGACAACAGGCGGAUGGCCAUUGAUUCUCAAGAAAAAAAGCAAUUGUGUAACACUGACGUCCAACAAUACCCUACAACGCGAUAAUACCACCAAGGACAAAAAUAAAUUUCAAUUUGACCAUGUCUUCUGGUCGCUUGACAGCCCCGACGAGAGCGGCGGCGAGCCUGUCGGUCAGGCCGAGGUGUACGCCACGAUUGGGCGGCCGCUGGUGGCGCACGCGUUCAACGGGUUCAACUCGUGCCUGUUUGCGUACGGGCAGACUGGGAGCGGCAAGACGUACACGAUGAUGGGUGCUGACCCGAACGCGGUUGGCGGAGCUGACGCUGGCGUGACGCCGCGGUUGUGCCUGGAGCUGUUCCAAAUGCGCGAGCGCAUCGAGGCGGAGGGCCACUCGAAGUGGUCGGUGGAGGUGGGGUACAUCGAGGUGUACAACGAGCGUGUGUCGGAUCUGCUGGCGAAGCGGAAGAAGGGCUCGAAGGAGGAGGUGUUUGUGGAUGUGCGCGAGCACCCGACGCGUGGCGUGUUCAUCGAGGGGCAGGAGCUGCGCGAGGUGUCGAGUCUGGACGAGGUCCUGGGGCUCAUCGAGGCCGGCAACCGCGUGCGCCACACCGCCGCGACGAAGAUGAACGACCGCAGCAGCCGCAGUCACGCGAUCUUCAUGCUGCUGCUGCGCGAGGAGAGGUCGAUGCAGACGGCGACUGGGCAGACAAUCACGACGGCUGGCAAGAACAGCCGGAUGAACCUUGUGGAUCUGGCGGGGUCGGAGCGUGUCGCGCAGUCCGAGGUUGUUGGGCAGCAGUUCAGCGAGGCGCGGCACAUCAACCUUUCGCUGACGACGCUCGGGCGCGUAAUUGACAUGCUGGCCGACAUGACAAAGAACAAGGAUAGCCAGUGGUCGAUGCCGCCGUACCGCGAGUCGAAACUGACGUUUCUUCUGAAGGACUCGCUCGGCGGCAACUCGAAGACGUUCAUGAUUGCGACGGUGAGCCCGAGCGGGAUGAACUACGAGGAGACGCUGAGCACGCUGCGCUACGCGUCUCGUGCACGUGACAUUGUGAAUGUGACGAAGGUGAAUGAGAACCCGCGUGCACUUCGCAUUCGUGAGCUGGAGGAGCAGAUGGAGCAGAUGCGCAAGGACAUUCAGGGCAAGGAUCCUGCAUACGUUGCCGAACUGGAGGAGCAGCUCAGGCUGCUGGAGGCGGAGACUCAGAAGCGCGCUGCCGACCUGCAGGCACUGGAGCGAGAGCGGGAGAAGAACGAGAUACACGAGAAGAUGCUGCGCGCGACGGAGGCUGAGCGACAGGAGCUGCUGAGCAGGGCUGGCGCUUUGGAGCGGCAGUCGCAGGAGCAGCGUGCGGAGCUAGAGCGUCAGAACGCACAGCUUGCUGAUCGCAUGCGCCAACUUGAGUCGGAGUGUGAGGCGCAGCAACGGCUGCUGCACGAGCUGGAGCUGCUGCGGGACGAGCACGAGAGUCUACAGAGGGCUGUGAUGCUGCUGCGCACCGAGGUGGAGGAGAUGGACCAGCGCCAUGACAGGACAACGUACCACCUGCUCGCUGUGAUGGAACUGCACGCCGAAUGUUACGAGGCGGUUGUAGCCCGCCUUGGGGUGGAGCACGAGCAUCAGUUGAACCAAAACGCGAGGUGGGAUGCCGACGAGCGCGCUGCGCUGGAACGGCGUAAUGAGGAGGGUUUAGCGGAGCGAGACAGCGCGCUCUCGGCGCUUCAGGAGGCUCUGGAUGACUGCCAGCGGCGUCUGGAUGAAUCAGAGACUGCGGAGGAAAAGCUGCGAGUAGCGUAUGAAGCGCUUGAGAAGGAAAAAGAUGGAAUUCAUGAAAACAUGAAGUUGCUACAGCAGGCGAAGACGGAGGUGGAGCAGAGCCUGGAGGCAAUGACGUCGGAGCGGGAUGGGCUGCGGGAGAAUUUGUUAUCGUUGAAAAAGGAUUACGACUUUGUUGUUACAUCGUGUGCAAAGUUGCGUGUGGAUAUGUCAUUAGCUGAUUUGGAACAUCAGGACGAGUUGGCAAGGCUUCGAAUUGACAAUGAUGCUUUUGCUGCCGAGUUACGUAGGGCUCUUGGGAAAUUGAAUGCGUCGGAGGUGCGGCUGAAGUACUUGCGUUCAUUAUGUAAGUCGGCGGGAUUGGGUGGCUCGGCGGAGAGUGGCGAGGACUAUCAAGUUACCCGUUCCGUGCUGGCGAUGAGAAAGACUUGA